AUGCAAUACAGUGACCCAAGUGGCUUGACGAUUGACCAGUCUCCACCCUCACGAAGAUUGCAAUCAGAUGAUGAUUCGAACUCCUUGACAAAUGACGAAUUACACAAGCAUACGGGAGUCCAUAUGUACCACCAAAAUAACGUGAUGAUCGGGAACUUUCUUCACCCCGUUGAUCGUUCAAACAGCAGUCGCCCGUCGUACAAUGUAAAGGCUUCAUUGCUCCACCAUAAUGGACAAGGCGCCAACAAUGUCAGUAUGGCAGAGCUUUUCUUGAGCAAUGAAUCCGCACGCAGGCGGAGCCUAGAACAGAAUUACGAAAGUUUGGGAACUCUUCUUGCAGAUGGCGGCAUUGAUACUAUGAAGCGGCGAUCAAAAGACAACAAUUCACUUGGGGAUCAAAAAAACAAUGGACCAGAUGCUUCCCAGAUAGAAAUUGACGAUUUAGUUGCAGCUGUUGACCCCACACCCUGGUCUGAGAUUAGGAGAAAGAUUCAAACGGACGAAGAAAUCGCAAGAGAUGUAGCAGGAGCGUCAUCUCCACAACGCUCCCCUGCUCACCCACACCACUCCAACUACUAUCCAUAUGGAAGACACCAUCAAUUACCGAUUCCUAAUAACGUGGCGACUGCAAGACAAAGAAUGUCGUCGCCAAAUCGACAAGUUGAGAAAAAGAAGGACGGGCAAUCUACAAUGGAGGAAGCAAUAGCUACAGCAGCUGCGAUUGCAUGUGGUCAAAAGGGAGUGACUAGUAUUUCAAGACCUACAAUAACUCCACCUCCUUCCCAGGUGAAGCCCCCCGGCGAACCGUCGCCAUACAUCGGAGCCCUGCAACUUCAAAAUGGAAAAUCAAAAUUUAUUGCCAGACCCUUUCAACGACAGCUGGGAUCGUAUUCGUAUUCGCAGUCGCAACAUUCAGCUGCUCAUUCAACAAAUCGCGCAUCUGUUCUUGCAGCUGCAAGUAGAAAAUCACAGUAUGGUUUCGGCGGUAAUCACACUGUCCCUUCAGUACCAGCACCACCUCCAGUCGCCAAACGAAAGGAAAUGACAGCGCAACAAACACAUACCCUCCCUACUUCACAGCGGGACCAUUUCCCCCCACCAAACUGUGGCGCUGCAUAUGAACGAAAGAAACAGCGAGCAAAAGACGCACGAAUCAAAUUAAAUGAAGCGAUUGAGAGUCUUUCGAUUGCAAUUGGGCUUGCCGGUUCUCAAUCAAGACAGAGGCACGAGUUCUUGAGUUCGCGCAUAGUAGGCACUGUCGAUCGCGAGAAGACACUACGAAUGAGUGCAGAGUGUUCAAAGCUGGCAGAACAAGCCAAAAAAUGGGACAGGCCAAGCUUCGUAGGGACUGCUGCGUCGAUAGUACAAGGGUUGAAUUCACAAUGCGAAGCAUUAAUGAGGGAAUUGGUGACUCUAAAUGAGCGGUUGGACGAAUCGUCGCCUUACUGUGCAGUGAACGAAAGCCCAAAUUCUUCGAUUCAGAAACGAAACCAGUACUCUAGCCCUGGGUUAAAUAAUGCGGACGGGCAUGUUGCAAAGCGACUGCGACCAUCACCUCAAGCUGAUGAUACAAAGAAAUUGGACCCCGCGAUCCAAAGAUCAAAAGAGAAUGAAAGCAAUGUUUUUGGUUUGGUGAAAGACUUCUUGGAUCCAAUUUCAAUGGUUCGUUCAUUAUCCGUGUCACGAGUAUGGCGAGAUAUAGGUGUUUUUAGCAACGGUGAUGCUUGGUUCAACUUUGCAGUCAAAAGAUUUGGAUUCUACAAUGUUCGUCAAUGGACAGAAAAACUAGAAGAUUGUGGAAAGAAAGUCUCAAACAUGUCACUGUAUAAAUCCAUGAAUUCAGCGAAUGUAAUGCCGCACUUCGAGAAAAAUAAUCUUUCACUCAUUGGGGACUCGAAAAUCCCAGGGCGAGUUAGUGGCUGGGUUUUUAUUGUUGAGCGAAGCAAUGGCGAGACACUCAGAAGCGUGAAGACUGAGCCUGCAAUACCUGCAUCUACAAAUGGAGCAUUUCAAUCCCGACCUGUAGUGGAGCUCAGGGUACUGAUCCAAAACACGGGGACGGCGGACCAACCUAUAGGUAUUCGAGACCAAAAGAUAGCAAUCGAUGUAUCAACAAGACGCUCUGGGGGCGAGUUGAACGAAAUCGACUGGGAUAGUCGAUUCAAGAAAGUAGUGAGAACACUGGAUGGGGAAACCAUAGAUUGCUCAAUAAAGCAAUCAAGAUAUGACACCAGCGGGGAUCUAUGUCACUUGAGGUUGUUCGAUUCGGUCUUGAUCGAGGUGUACAUCAAUGCUUGUGGAUGCUCAACGACAUCAAAGUUCCAACAAAGAAGCAACUUCACGAAAAUACUAAUUUGUUUGGAGGGUACAACAAUUCCGUUGGUCAUUCCUUUCCUCAACGACCACGUAGGCAAGUAG